AUGACAUAUACUAGCCAAAACCAGUGGGUCUCGUUAAAGAUCAUGACCGCAAAUUCGUUAAAAUCGCUCGAACUGCAAAGCCUAAGGCUUCUUUCUUCGAAAUAUAUUGUUCAGCUGCUUAAUGACUUUACUUAUGGCGGCCCUUAUAGGGUUUGCCGAUGUCUUAUAUUCGAAUUACUUGGCCCUAUAGUUUAUAUAUGGUCCUUCCACAUCAUUCUAAGGGUAAAGAUAAGCUCGAGCCGGAAGAACUACUUCGAAUGUCCACGUAACUCCCAAAAGCUAUCAGGUUUCUUUAUAGUACUGACACUAGCGGUAGGAAUAUCGCGUUUACUUACAAUUAACUAUUAA